GGAGGCGCGGAGCGGGCGGGGGGAACGCGGGGCCCGGCGGACCGACGGUUCUGUCUGUACGGAGGGGAGCGACGGACGCACCGCUACCGGCCCGGUGCCCGCAGCCCGGCUCCGGUGAGGACGAUGGCGAGCCCCGAGGACGACCUGAUCGGCAUCCCCUUCCCCGAGCACAGCAGCGAGCUGCUGAGCAGCCUGAACGAGCAGCGGCACCUGGGGGUGCUGUGCGACGUCACCAUCAAGACGCAGGGCUUGGAGUACCGCACGCACCGCGCCGUGCUGGCCGCCUGCAGCCGCUACUUCAAGAAGCUGUUCGCGGGGCCGGGGCCGGGCCAGGAGGUUUGCGAGUUGGACUUUGUGGGGCCGGAAGCUUUGGGAGCCCUGCUGGAGUUCGCCUACACCGCCACGCUGACCAUCAGCAGCUCCAACAUGGGCGAGGUGCUGCAGGCGGCUCAGCUGCUGGAGAUCCCGUGCGUCAUCGCCGCCUGCGCCGACAUCCUGCAGUGCCACGGCUUGGAAGCUCCCGGCCCCGAUGACGACGACUGCGAGCGCGCCCGCCGUUACCUGGAGGCGUUCGCCACCCUCCCCGACGCGGAUCCCCCCGCCGCGCCCCCCGCCCGCCCCGCCGCCCGCCGCAGCAAGAAGACCCGCAAAUUCCUGCAGGCGCGCGGCGCACGCCUCAACAACCACAGCGAGGAGCCGCCCGCCGAGGCCGAAGGCACCCGCAGCCCCCUGCCCGCCCCGCAGCCCCCUUCUCCGCCCCCGAUGCCGGAGGGCUUGGCGCAGCCCUACGAGGCUUUCGAGGUGCCCGAGGAGGAGGAACUGCCCCCGCACGCCUUCCCCUUUCCGUACCAGAUGUCCCCCGAGGAGGGCGGCUCGGACGACGACGCCAUCGAUCCCGAUCUGAUGGCUUAUCUGAGCUCGCUCCACCACGAGGCGCUGGCGCCCGGGCUGGACAGCCCCGAUAAAUUGGUGCGCAAACGGCGUUCCCAAAUGCCUCAGGAGUGUCCCGUGUGUCACAAAGUCAUCCACGGUGCCGGCAAGCUGCCGCGCCACAUGCGCACGCACACGGGAGAGAAGCCCUUCGCCUGCCAGGUGUGCGGCGUGCGCUUCACGCGGAACGACAAGCUGAAGAUCCACAUGCGCAAACACGGCGAACGGCCCUAUUCGUGCCAGCACUGCAGCGCCCGCUUCCUGCACAGCUACGACCUGAAGAACCACAUGCACCUGCACACGGGCGCCCGGCCCUACGAGUGCUACCUCUGCCACAAAGCCUUCGCCAAGGACGACCACCUGCAGCGGCACCUCAAGGGCCAGAACUGCCUGGAGGUUCGCACCCGACGCCGACGCCGCGAAGACCCCCCUCCUCCGCCGCCCCCCGACGCUCCGCCCGGCAUCGACCUCUCCAAUGGGCGCUUGGAGGGGCUGCGCCUCUCCCUGGCUCGUUAUUGGGGGCCGGCGCAGAUUAAGGAGGAGGAGGAGGAGCCGGAGAUGGAGAUGGAGCCUGAGGCUGAAGAGGGGCCGCAGCCGGACGGCAUGGUGCCCGUGGAGAUGGUGUAGAGCGGCCGGUCCGGUGGGGCACGAUGGGGGGCGGUGGGCUGAGCCGGGCCGGGCCGGGCUGAGCUGGGCUGAGCCAAGUUGAGCUGGGCUGGGCUGGGCUGGGCUCAGUGAUGCCAUGGCUGAGCUGAGCUGGGUUGAACCAGGUGAUGCCAGGCUGGGCUGAGCUGGGUUGAGCUGAGCCAGGUGAUGCCAGGCUGGGCUCAGUGAUGCCAGGCUGAGCUGAGCUGAGCUGGGCUGAGCCAAGUUGAACCAUGCUGGGCUGGGCUGGGCCGAGUGAUGCCAGGCUGGGCUGAGCUGAGCUGAGCUGAGCUGGUUGAACCAGGUGAUGCCAGGCUGAGCUGAGCUGAGCUGAGCUGAGCUGGGUUGAACCAGGUGAUGCCAGGCUGGGCUGAGCUGGACCACGCUGUGCUGAGCUGAGCCGAGCCGAGCUGGGCCAAGUGAUGCCAGGCUGGGCCAGGCUGGGCUGGGCUGAGCCAGGCGAUGCCAGGCUGAGUUGUGCUGAGCUGAGCUGAGCUGAGCUGGACCAGGCUGUGCUGAGCUGAGCUGAGCCGUGCUGGGCUGAACCAGUGAUGCCAGGCUGUGUGCUGGGCUGGGCUGAGUUGAGCUGGGUUGUAUCAGGCUGGGCUGUGCUGAGCUGAGCUGCGUUGGGCCAAGCUGUGCCAGGCUGAGCCGUGCAGGCCAAGCCAUGCUGGGCCAAGCUGUGCCAGGCUGAGUUUGUGCUGGGCUGAGCUGAGCUGAGCUGCGUUGGCCCAAGCCGUGCCAGGCUGCACCGUGCUGAGCCGUGCUGAGCCGUGCUGAGCCGCUCCAAUCAGCAACCGAACAGCAGAGAUCUGCGCUGUGCCGAUCCGCGCUGAGCGGAGCCGUUCUGUUCCGUUCCGGUCCAGAUGGAGCCCAGCGCAGCCCCGGCCGUUCCGUGCGGUACCGGAAAGGAGCGAACCCGUCCCGAACCGGGCGUUGCCCUCUGGGUCGGGGAGGAGCGAUCGGUUCCUCCCGUUGUCCCGGAGCUGCGCUGCCCGCCUCGCCCCGCCGCGCUCCGUUCCUGUUUUUUCCCGUCACGGUUUGUUCUGAAUUAUGCAAAGGGGGAAUUCCCCCCCUGGCGGAUUUGCACAAUGGGGCGGGGGGGGCCCCGCCGCCGCCGCC